UUGAAACAUGUCAGUUUUCUUGGUUGCCUACUUAACCUGCAUUUUAUCUGGAAGUGCUCUUCUUCCAUAUUUUUUGCCUUUUUAUCCGAGAUAGCCUUACGCAAUGGCAGACUCUGCAGUGACAAAACCCAAAGCCAAGGCUGCGCCUAAAGAAAAGAAACCGAAGGAGAAGCCUUCGGAGCCCAUUCCGUUGAAGAAAAGGCCCUUUAAAAGGCACGGACGGCUUUACGCCAAAGCUAUCUUUACUGGUUACAGACGGGGUCUCCGUAACCAACAUGAACACACAGCUUUGUUGAAAGUUGAAGGAGCUAGAGUUAAAAUUGACUCUGACUUCUACGUCGGCAAACGAUGUGUUUUUGUUUACAAGGCCAAGAACAAGACACCUGUUCCCGGUAAAACCACACGGAAAACUAAAGUCCGUGCUAUCUGGGGCAAAGUAACUCGUCCUCAUGGUACCAGUGGAUCAGUACGUGCUAAGUUCAAGAGAAAUUUACCAGCAACAGCCAUGGGACGUCGUAUCAGAAUUAUGUUGUACCCAAGCAGAGUGUGAAAAUAAUUUGUACGUUAUAAAUAUUAACAAUAAAAUUCGAUACUGAUCUUAAA